AGUCCGCUAGCGAACGCGACCGCGUGCGUUGUGUCAUCAACGCUUCAACAUGUUUACUUUAAAAGGACAUCAUAAACAAAACAGAAAUAGUGGUGCACUUCAUAGCAUACCAUAAAAUGUAAUUUACGUAUAUAUCAACUUGUCUUUAUUAGUUUCGAAGCCAGUUUUUUUUCGUUUAUCCAAAUUACAUCUAUACAACGGAGAGAUGCAUUAAAUAAUAGUGAAAUCGGUAAUCUGUGUUGUGAAAAGUUGUGUGGUGUGCAAAUUCGGUUGUCCUGAUCCGGUUGUUAUCGAUUUUUUGACGUCACUAACCCCGAACAGCUGUUUUGGACGGGGAUUGAAAAAGACAGACCAUUGUUCCGUCUGCAUCUCUUUCAACAAAGCUAUCUUGGGAAAAUGCUAGAAUAUAAUUGUGAACAAAUAGCAACAGCGAAGAUUGUGCGACUAUGGUUGCUAUAAUUAAUGCAGACCUUAGAGCAAUUUAUUUAAUGCACUAAUACAUAAGGAUCCUAGAUUCGAAAAAUGAGUAUUUUUUUGUUGUGAAGUGAAAAACGAUCUCGAAACAACACAAAAGUGUAUAACAUUAAAGGAAAUAUUGAACACUCGUUUAAAACUAACAAAGGUGAUAUAAAAGUGAUUUCAAUACGUAGGCAGUGCGCCCAAUUAACAGUGUAAAAUUGUAUUUUUCGAUUUGGAUUUCUAACAAGGAUCUAGACUGGGUGGAGAUAAAAAGGCGGUGAGGUGUUGCCCGCUGGGCGAUGCUGGGCGGGGCGGCGGGGGGCGCGCGCUCCCGCCCGCCCUCUGAACUCCAACAAGGUGUGGCCCGCUUCCCCCUCUACUCGUUGUUCCCGACACAAGGAGCGAAUCGACCCACUAUACAUAAAGUAACGGAGAGUGUAUUCUCCACAUCCCUGUCGACGUUCGGCGUGCCGACCCCGCCGCCGAACUCGCCAUACUCGCCGCUGCAGUUGGAGGUGCUCAACUGCUCGCAGCGACUGGUGCUCGCUGAUAAGGAGCCAAAUAAGAUGGAUGACGGAAAACUCGGCAAGUGCAUGCCCGAAUUGUGCUGUCCAGGAGAUCGACAAGUUAUAGACGGCUUAUCAAUGAUGCAGCCACUUACUAUCAAGACGGAACAGGCUAAGAGGUCCUGCAAUACCUGUCUCACUAAUUCACCUAAAAAGGUUAUACACACAGACGGCGGUUGUAGCCGUACCAAUCCAGUGACUUGGCUCGGUGUGGCCGGACAGAACGUCCAGGUCCAAGUCAAGAGGGAACCGCAGCAGCUCCACAUGUCAGAGCUGGUUGCUGUCAAACUGGAGCAGGCUUCGCCAGGGAACAAGCCUGAACAUCCUCCUAUUCCAGCUUCUCUUAACAAUGGUUCGAUUCCCGUUGGAAUCGCGGUCGCCCGCCAAAGGGUCGGCGAUGCCGGCCUUCUAGCCGCACUCUCACAAAAAGACAACCAGCAACGUAUGCACGAUAUAGGCGCGACGUCAUACUGUUGUCAUCCCGCAGACGCGGCGCAGGCGGCCAUGACGGUCGGCGUGGCGAACGUGCUGUGCGACGACCGCCCCACGCCCCUCGCGUGGCCCGCGCCGCCCGCCGCCCCUCCCGCUCCUCUCUGGCAGUACCCAACCGCUCAAGUCUCAAUGGAGAGUAUGAUGGUAGGAGGGGUAGGCGUAGGUAGCGUGGCUCCCGUAGGUGGGGGCGUGGGUUCGAUGGGGGGAUUUCAGCUAGUCCGCGAACCCACGUCAGGGGCCCUGCUUCUCCUCCCGACGCCACCGGACUUGCAACAUGCGGUAGUCUGGGGCGGGAUGCCGUACCCAUCGACACCUUUACUACUUCCACCCGCUCCUCAUCCGUCGCAUCAUCUUCAAUUGCUACCAGGAGAUUUGCUCGCGUCAACUGCAACCUUACAACACACGCAUACCCAUUCUACGCGUCUAGUCACCUUAGCACCAGCGCCCGCGCCGCAACCACAUCCAGCCCACACUGACAAAAGAAAACCCAUCAUACAACCGUUAAUAACACCUCAUGCUCUAAUAAAGAUAGAGCCUGAACCCCCGCAGGAGAAACCUCAACCGACGUUCGCUCCAGAACCUGUCCAACAACCCAUGUUAGCGACGCAUUUGUAUUAUCAACCAGAUUAUUCUGAUCAAGUCGGAGUUUGCAGAAGUCAAGCCACAUCUCCGGCCGCGCCGCCAACUCCACCGCCAGAAGUAUCUGAAGGACCGGCACAUAAAGACGCUUCUAAUCAAACAGACCAUAUUGACGAUGAGGACGAAUCUCCAAAUCAUGCCGAUGAGGAUGAAAGAGAUAUCGCUUGCGUGGGCGUCGCUCAUUUCCCUGAAGACUCCUUAAUACAAACUCAAACAACGAUAUUGCAACCCGCACCUAUUGAUAGUGCAGAAGACUCUUCUUCUGAAGGGUUAGCGACGUCUGCCGUUGUAGGCGCAGUAGAGAAGGCGAUUGACGCAAUCGAGAGAGAUGAAGCUCUAGGUGACAGUCCGAGUAGUGGAGGUUCUCAUGAUUUAGUGAUAGAUACAGCAAGCACGUCACCAAUACAGCAAACACAAACUCGGCCACCGGUGGACGUUAGCGGACUUGAACUUUUGUCUAACAGUAUUGAACAGUUUGAACGAACUACGCCGGGAACUAGUAUACCGGCACUAGAACCCGUACCUUUAACUAUUGACACUAGAACUACGUCAAAGUUGAACAUAUUGAUAAAGACUUCACCUAAGUCUCCACCAAGAACGGAGGCCGAACCACAUGCACGAUUUGAAUAUCCACCUGUAGAACCGAGUACAAGCGAAACUGCUAAACAAUCUUUCGAUGGAUUAGGCCUUCUUUGUGCAUUAGCUGAACAAAGAUUCAUGGAGGAGGUUGAAAAUCCUCCACUAGGGUCUACUUCGACUUCUCGUCCAUUUAUAAAAAGUGAAUUAUUAAGUCCCACUGAAAUAAACAGAUCUGUUGAGAUAAAAAGAGAGAAACACAGGCAUCGGGAUGGUGACUCGUCUAGUGAAAGACGGCGGAAGAGAAGUCGUGAUAGAACAGAGAGACUGCGGCAUAAGAUUGAAAAGAUGAGAAGGCACAAGAGAGAUAGAGAUCAAGAUGAAGCAAGAUCCAACGGGGGUGAAAUUGAAGCAAGCUUACGUCGCGUCACAGCUUGUGCAUGUGGCGUACCAGAUUGUACACAUAUACCAUCUGUGCCUUCAGCACAAGCCUUAGUUAACGCGAUCGAAAAAGACAUGCGAGAAACACUAGAAGAUCUACAACGGCAAUGUGACGAGAAGAGAGCUCAACUGGAUGCAUUAACACCGCCUCUUCUUGCUUUAUCAACCCCUCCGACGCCUUCAACUCCAGCUUUGUCUCCUGAUUCAGAUAGGGGUUCAUCUAAAAAGAGAAAAGUUGGUAGACCUAGGAAGGUUUCCAGUCCGGAUUCCACAGAAACAAUAGUAGCUAAGAAGCCGAAAUCUAAAAGCAGCCUCGUAGGUUACUUGCUCGCUAAAGGAAAAUUGAAAGGUGGCAUAUUAUGCACACGAGGAGAGCCCGCCAGAGAAGAUACUCAUCGCACGAGUAAAGUCCGCCCGAAGUUAAAAGCUGAGCCAAUAUUAAAAGUGUGUUCUGAGGAGGAAGAAAACGAGUGGACUCUUAAUAGAUCAGCUAGUUCCUCCAUGGAGAGUUUGAAUGAAGUGAGACAGAAAAAUAGGGAGAAAGUUGAUCGCUUAGUGCGAAAACAUUCUAGAGACGAUUUGCCGGAGUUGGAGUUUGCGAUGCGUCGCACCAGUGCUUCCAGUGACAGUGACAAAGAAAGACGUAGGGCUAAAAAGAGACGGAAGAGUGUUAAAUCUAAAGACAAAUGUGAUGAUAAUGUUAAAGAUCAAAUGGAGCCUGUGGUACAAAAGGCUUCGAUAUGUACUUUAACUGAAGAUAAGUUGGACUCUUCGCCUAGAGUGUUGACGGCUAUGGGGGGAUUAUUUUACGCAGGUAAACUGAGCGCAGUGCAAGCACCGGAUGUGUACGCGAUUACUUUGGACGGCGAGAGAGGGAACAAGCCCCAUAUAUUGUCAAGAGAAGAAACCCUAAGAGAUGCUAUUUUAGAAGUGAGCCCAACUUCAGUGACCGAGUUACCAGCUGGAGCGCGAGUGUGCGCGUACUGGUCGCAGCAGUACAGGUGCUUAUACCCUGGUACCGUGGCGGUCGCCUCACCAGACCCAAGACACGAUAACUUCGUUGCUGUUGAGUUUGACGACGGCGAUUCUGGUAGGAUAGCCAUCGAAGAUAUAAGAUUCUUGGAACCGAACUAUCCAGUUGUCGAAUACGAAAAUCCAUUGUUCACUUUGGGCAAGAGAAGAAGGAACACUAGCGUAACAGAAGAUAAGAAAGUCUCUAUAACCAGUAACGAGCCGAAACCGUCCUCAUCUGAGAAGCACGACGAGGAAGAUCAUCACAAAGAUAGGAAAAAGCUCAAAAAGCAUCGUAAAGACAAAAUAAAGAGGCACUCCAGCGAAGAAGAUCCGGCGGAUUACGUGAAAAAGAAGAAGAAGAAACAUAAGUGUUGCGAGGAACACUGCAAACAUAGACGACACAAGAAACAUCACAGGAAACAUAGGAAGCGACACCACUCCACCUCUAAAGAACACUCUAGCUCUUCUGGAGAUGAUCAUCAGAGGCAUAAAUCUUCUUCAGAUUAUAUUGAUUCGAAUAAAUCGAAUGAAGAUUCCGGAGAUUCUAACGAUCGACUGUCCACUCUAAUAGCUUGCGAAAAAUCUCCAGAUGAGAAAAUGAAGACUGUAAUAAAGAAAGCGGUGUUGUCCAAAAAGAGUUUGGUGAAGAACGCUGUUUUAGAUUUCAGCAGUUUGGGCAAGAUCACCAAGAAGGAGGAAGUGAAAGAUAAUUUGAAAGAUAGCGGGAUCUGUCUAGAAGAGGAGCCUUCGACUAGUGAUGCUACUAAAAAGAAGAAACGUAGAACGGUAUCCUCGUCAUCGGACGGCCCCGGCGCCAGCGGUGUGAGCAAGAUGGCAGCAUUCCUCCCGGGCGCUGCUCUAUGGCGUUGGAGCGGGACAGCGUAUCGGCGUGCGGCGAGACCUCGUUUACGCAAGCUUUUCUACCGCGCUAUACAACGCGGCGAUGAAACAUUGCAUGUUGGCGACGCAGCUGUAUUCCUGUCGACCGGACGGCCGGACCGUCCGUACAUAGGUCGUAUAGUUGCGUUGUGGGAAGCGCGCGGCGCCAUGGCGGUGCGGGUCAAGUGGUUCUACCAUCCAGAGGAGACCACCGGCUGUCCGGACAAAUUACACUACCCGGGUGGCCUAUUUGAAUCACCGCAUACAGACGAAAAUGAUGUCCAGACAAUCUCGCAUAAAUGCGAAGUGUUGCCACUGCCGCAGUACAAGGAGCGAAUGGGCGAUGACCCAGUCAAGUACAGCACAGUGUACGAUAACAACGAUGUUUAUUAUCUAGCCGGACAUUAUGAUCCAACUCAGCAAACGUUGCGAAUGGAGCCGGACAUACCGUUUGCUAACAAACCUAGCUCCUAAGACGUUAUGCUGGCCUGGUACUUUCGAAGCGUAACAACGAGGUUAGAGACAUCCAAUAAAACUAGUUCUGUUUCGAGGUCAUUGUACGUGUGACAGCGGAACGAACCUAAUCGAUUACUGACGAAACAAUCUCUUGAGAUGUCAUGUUAGCCUGGUAGUUUAUAAGUACAACGUCCCGGUCAAGGGCAAAAAUUGGUGAUUACUGUUCCAAGUUUUUUUUAUAUUUUAAUUUUUCAAACAAGUCAUUAUUGUGAUUGAUUGAUUGAAAAAUAAUGUAUUUUUUAGGUAUGUACUAAAAUUAUUUUUUUGUCUUUUUAUUGUUUGAUGUACGUAAAGAAAUCAUGAAACUCCUUUUAUUUGACUUUUAUGGAAGUAGUGAUCACUCAGUGGAGAAAUAAUAUUAUAAAAUCGGUUUUCAUCUUUUAUAAAAAUAUUUUUAUGAUUAUAUAAUUUGAUUAAAAAUUCAAAAUAAAUCUGUAUUCUAGACACGACAUUGCUGAUGAAACAAAAUUAAUGCAACGUCACUAAGGUGACAUUAAAAUGAAACUUUACAGUGCAAUAAAAUCAACUUGAUAAUUUAAAUAUUUGAUUUAAAAUAAAUUAACUUAUCUCGAUGUUAGCAUGUGCAGUAGUUUUUUUCGCAAGCUGUACUUUCACUGAAAUAUUUAGACGUAGUCCGAUGUUGAUUAUAAUACAGGUCAAACUUAAAGUACAAUGUAGUUUUUCAAGGCUCAAUUUUUCACAUUUACCGUCCUUGGAGACGAUUCUUAUGCGAACUUAAGAUUCAAUAAUAAAUAUGUUGAAGUUACCUUUGUUGCGUUAUUUAAGUGGAUUCCCGUUCGGAAUGUUGAGUUUUUCGAUUGGAUUUAAUUGGGCCGAGUUCUUGGUGGUUGCGACAAUAUAUUUCGUGGCGUGUCAUGAAUCGAGUGGCCGAUUAAGGUGAUGAUAUGUGAUUUAAUUUCAUAACGCUGUAAUCUCAGUGUGGGUAGUUGUAUUUUGUCGUGUAUAUUAUUAUUCUAUUAGAUUUUUAUGUAUACGUAGUUUUUCUUCAUAUAAAUGUCUAUUAUAUUUAACGCAAUAAUUUUUAACUAGUCCUUUUUUAAUUAUAUUCAAAAUUAACUGACGGUUUUGAUGAAUACUAUAUUGGCAAAAGAAAACACUUAAGUCGUAUUAAUAUUUCUCCGAUAUGUUUGUUAUAUUUUCUUGUUUUUCACUGAUUUUUUAUAUUAUUGUUUGAUAAUUUUAUGUUAAAAUUGAGUAUACCUUUAUAUCGAAAUGGUGCUAGACGCUUGAUAAUCUGCUCGUUUUUUUCACUGUAGAUUAAGACUGUAUAUAAGUAGAUAAAUAAGUUUGUAAGCCGUUGGUAUUUAUGUGUCGCCAGUGAUACGGCGUUUCCGCUUUAUCUAAUGUUGCCAUUUACUCUUAUUCUUUUAUAUAUAAUUUAGAUGGGGUAUUAUAGACCCCCAUUUAUCUUCGUAUUCAUAUCGAAAAAAAGGGACUGAAGGACAGGGAUGUAGAUAUGCGGUGAGCGAGCGAUUAGGUAGGUUUUGUACGGAAUGAAAAUGUUUGUAAGAAAAGUCGAAAUUACUCAGCCUUAUACAACUAUAUUAAAGCGAACUCUCCUUAUUAGUGUUGUAAUUUUUGAAUAAGCUUCGUUAGUUCGUUUAAUGGUUAUAUUAUGUGGCCAAAUUGUUUUGCGUGCAUCGUACUUUUUGUUAUUAUCGUAUACCCUUAGAUUUAAGUUUAAUCACUUAGUUAUAAGAUGUAUGGUUUAUUUUAAGUUUCUCAAGUAAAAAGAACUAAUUAUUGGAAUCUAAAACUUAAGAGAAUAUUAUUGAAGAAAUAAAAAAUAAAAGUAAAAAGUUCGAAUUUGGAAACAAUAUUUAGAAAAUCGUAUUUUUAUAUUGUGGUGAAGUAUCUUUUUAUUUUUUAAAAUAGAAUACCUAUGUAUUUGAAUCAAAGUUAUUAUAACAUAAGUACAAACUUGUUGAAGAACGAUAUUUGGCUCGGCCCAGUGUUUGUAUACUAACGAUUCGGCUGAAUUCAUCGAAUCUUAAAACAGUCUUAUUAAUGAAUAUUUAAAAGCAUGAUCAUACGAUGCCGCCUUCAAGAUUAAUAGUACCCUAAGCCCCGUUAAGUUUGUUUGAUGGC